GGAGGAGUUGGCUGGCUCGGCUUCUCACUCGGGGAACGAACCAGCGCUGGCACUAUACUAGGCUGCGAGUGCGUGGAUGAUGCAUGCGUGCCUUGCUCUCCUUCUGUCUCUCGGGCUUUCACUGUGUGGUUCUCGUUAAAAAAGACACGGGGCAGACGGAAUACAAGCCACUACCUGCUGUUUAGUUGCUAAAUUGGGAUCUGGGUGUGUGUUCUAACUGGACGAGACCGUACGCACUAAAUUAGAAGACAUCGUAUAGUGCGCCCUGCUGCACUGUAUGGAUGGUCGCUUCUGGUGGCCUAGUCUGAGCUGGUCUCUACUGGUCUGGUCUGGUCUGCUGUACUGCUGGACUGGCUCACACAUACACUGAAGCCAUCAGAGACACAAGUCGUCCGACACCCAUGCGCUCUCUAGACUGCCCCCUGUGAUGCGUUGCGAUGGCUCCAGCUCUGAGCGUGGUCUUGGGGGCGGAGCUUGCGGGGUCGGGGGUCAUUGUGCUGGCCAAUGGGCAGCUGGCGUUGGUGGGCAUCCUCACGGCAGUCUCCGCCUUCCUGCUGCUCUCGCUGCUGCUCAUGCUGUGUGCUAGCUGCCAGGGGCAGAAGAAGGCCAAUGGUCACCCAGGGGACCACGAGACCCUGAUGAAUGGGCAGGUGUCUGAGAAGGAGGUGUGUAGCCAGUCGGUGGAGAGUCAGGGCACUGACCUGGCAGCCAGCAGCUCUCACAAUGGACCCCUUACCAGCGGCACAGUGUUAUCUGACACCAUUGACACCAGUCCCCAGCCGUCUGAGGAGAUGCUCUCCAUCCAGUCCGAGCUCCGCUCCUCCAAGUGCCCGCAGGACCGCGAAUUACCCAGCAUUCCCUCCGGCGGCGUCGGUGGAGGCGGGCCCCCCUCCCUCAACGGCCCCCCCACCAUGCACAUGACCUCUGACCACCCCUCUGCCCCUGACGACGGCGAAGGAAUCGGAGGAGCGGAGGGCACCUACGAGACGGUGUGCGGGGGAGGGGUGAGCUCGCGCGACGUCAGUGCCGAGGACUCGCUGUACGAGACGGUGAAAGGCGACGUGGGCCUCGGCGCGACGCUGACCAAUGGCGUGCUCAGCAGCCCGGACGAUGAGUGCGGCGGCGAGCCAACCAGGAGGAUUUCCUCGUACCAAGACCCGCCCUCGGUGCCGCCGCAGGCCAACGGGGUGCUGCUGAACGGGCACCUGACGCCCACGCCGAGUCCGCCCACGCCUGAACGAGGACCCCUGGUGGCGGGAGUGGAGUACGCCUCCAUCGACCUCAACAAGAAGAGCAGGUACAGUGCCGACAUGGAGGCGCGACGACGGUCGACCCCGGCGACGACCCCUGACCCAAGAAAGCAGAAGCAGGAAGAGGAGGAGGAAGAAGAGGAUAAGCCGCCGCCCAUUCCAGACAAGGUGCUGGACGAGAACGAUAACCAGCAUACCAUCAGCAACAUCAUGAUGCCACACAACGGACAGCUGCCAUCUCCAGUGGGCUCGUCUCUACCAGAGGAUCAUGUGACUCUAGAGAAUGAGCUGUACUCCAGUGUGCUGCGUCAGCGCGGCGAGGCCGGUGACCUUGAGGGCCGCCUGUGCGACCUUGAGGAGGACAAGGAGGGCGACUACAGCAGCAUCGGGGACCUGCGCUGCCUGGGCACGACAGAGUCCGAGUCCGAGUCCGUCACCAACGACCUCUAUGCCUGCGUCAAGGACAUCUACGCCGAUGACCCCCGCGGGACCCCUUGCGGCGGCGGCGGCGGCAGCGGUGGUGACAUGAACGGUGACCUUGGCGACCCUGGGUACGAGACCAUCCGCAUUCCGAAGGGCGCGGAGCACCACCAUCACCACCACAACGGCCAAUCAGACGCCAGCGUGCAGCCCGUGGAGCCGGACUAUGAGAGUGUGGCAGAGCUGGGACUCAGUAGAGACUUGUCUCGCCUCUGAAGAUA